UGAGAGAGAGAGAAAGGGUGAGGUUGCGGGAGUAGGCUUUUGUGUAGGGCAAACGUCCAGUUCUGAUGCGAGAUAUUCAUCCCACGAAGUGGAUACAUGUACGGGCCGUUCAGAUCGCGGUUGGGAGUACAGACCGGAUCCGUCUCGUUGCACGAGGAGCAAGAAGUGGUCGGCGGCAUGACACUCAUCCGAUCUGUGAUAAACCACCCGGCCGAGGUGAGCAGAACAAAACAAGCUCCGCCUUCCCUCCCUCCCUUUCCGCCCCACCAACAAGCUAGCUCACUCACUCACUCACUCACUCACUCACUCACUCCCCUCUCCACCCCCAGCAAUCUCCCCUCUCCACUCCAUCGCCAGCUCCCCCGCCAUCCAAAACGCCUUGACCGCCUCCUGAACCAACCGCCCAACCUCCUCUUCCCGCCGACCAAACCUCAACGGAACCAAAACCCGUAACCACGCCUCCGCCUCCUCCUCGACCUGCACC